CGCGGUAUCCGCCUCCUUAUUGUGCCAACUUGAAGAUCCAACUAAUUGAAUGAGAAGAAGGAAUAAAUUCUAAAGGACCAAAUGGGAAGUUUACCGGACAUCAGCGUUUUGACUUCGCAGCUGCAGAACACCCUUAUCUCUUAUCAUAAUAUCGAGGACGAUGAGUGGAGGCUCGCCAAAAAAUCGAAGGAUGUAACAGUAUGGAGAAAGCCAUCAGAGGAAUUCAGUGGAUAUCUGUAUAAAGCCGAAGGUAUUGUAAAGGACAGCCCAAAGAGAAUAGUGGACUAUAUACGCCCUGGACCAUACAGAUUGGAUUGGGAUAGUUUGAUGACAUCAAUGGACAUCGUAAAAACAUUUGAUAAGCAAGGGUGUUGUGUGAUGCGUUACACAACUGCUGGACAGCUCUGGAACAUCAUCGCUCCCAGGGAGUUUAUCGACUUCUCCUACACUACAGACUACCAGGACGGACUUCUGUCCUGUGGUAUUAGCGUUGAGCACGGCGACCAGCAGCACAGCUUUGUCCGAGGCUUCAACCACCCCUGCGGAUGGUUUUGCGUGCCCACAGAGGCCGGCUCAUCUCAGAGCCUCCUGACAGGGUACAUCCAGACAGACCUCCGGGGCAUGCUCCCCCAGUCCGCGGUGGAUACCGCCAUGGCCAGCACCCUGGUCAACUUCUUCACAGACCUGCGACGGACGCUAAAAUGAAGUCCCAUCCGCUCCCCCUUCCUCUUCCUGUUGAAGGACCACCUCACCACUCCAUUCAUUCCUGUUGAAGCUCCAGCAUAGUUUAGCUCAGGGUUGGUGUUUCUAAAUGUAGCCAGUUACGUUCUGUUCUCAUACACCUCAGACCACAGUCUCAUUCUCGAUAGGUGUGUCUGUUGUGUUGCACUGUGGUAUGCCGCAGGUUUAAGACAAAUGCAGUACUGUACAUUUUACAUUAGGUUCACUUCGGUAUAUUAAUGAGACAUCAUAUUAUUAUGAUUUUAAUUGGCAGGUGCCCUCAUAAAGAGCAUCUUAAUUACAAGAUCAAAAUAGUUAACACAACAGUAGUUUAGUAGUAACCUUACCACAAAGGAAUAUGCAAAAAAAAAAACUUUAAUCUGACUGAUAUAUAGUUGGUGCACCCACCAGCUAAGUUAUAUUUGAUGGACAGUGCAUGCAAUAGAGUAUUUAAUGAUUUACUAUAAUUUAAUGGUGCUAAUUUAAGGGACACUGUGUAAGGAGUUUUGUGUGUGAUAAGUGAGGUUUUUAAACUAUAGGAUAAACAUACAUUUAUUUACUGAAUGCAUGAUUUAAGCAAUAUACAUUGUGAUUAACCCAUACAGCCAGCAUGAAUGUAAAAAGGAAUGUUACCAAAGUGUUGGAGUGGAAAAAAAUGUGUGUGGAUGUCAUACAACGGACCUAAUUGUUGCUAUGCAUAUUUUUCUUGAUUAAUUAAGAAUUUUUAGUACUGUAUGCACACCAAUAAGAAUACGUAAGGAUGGUUUUUCUAUCAUUUAAUUUCCAUAAAAUCGUAUACAGUAGUAUGUUAUAUGAAAUUCUGAAUUUAUUUAAGAAACAUCUGGAGUCCCACCUAGAUGACCGAGGGCCACAAAAAUAAAAAUGAAUUUGUCUGCCUGUCUCAAAAUGAACAUAUAUGAGAAGAACAGUAGCAGGGACAUUGUGGCAUUUGCUUCCUAACUUGUAAAAUAGCCUCUGAAUUUCCAGUUUAUAAAUACUGAUGUCGAAGCAGUUCAGUGUUUCCAUUUCAUUCCAGUCAUGCACGUUUGAUUUAUUGGGACUAACCUUCAGGAAUUCAGACUAGACUAGGAAUUCAUUCUAAAAUCCGCUGCUUUCAGGUUUAGGAAACCCAAAAUCCCAUCUGUGAAACCUGUGUGUAUCUGUUGACAUAAACCAUCUGAUUUGUUUAUUGGUGCAUUAUUUUGUAAAUUGAUCUAGUUUUCAGGUUGUAUGCAAUGUAGUUUGCAAAAUGUGAUACAUAUAUAUGAGUGCAGUUUAUGAG